ACUCCAAAACCCCAAAACCAUCCAUCACCCAAGACCACCGUUCUUUCCUUAUAAAUAGGUUUCUUGUUGCCACUAAUUUCAAAUUCUUCUCUUGAUAAAAUGGAUGGCAAUCUUUGGGUUUCAAGUAGAGAUCUCUACUUUGAUAUCCACAGUAUGCUUGGAAGCGAGAAUGAACUACUUGAAACCGGGUAUCUCAUUGAUGUCCCUAGUAGUUCUAUUGUGGAGAGACGCCUCAAUUUGGAUAUGAGUAGGGAUGAAUUUGUAAAACGAGUAAAUCAAUUUGUCAAGAAUUUUCAGGGCCCAAUGAUCGAGUCGAUCCUGGUGAACUUCUAUUUAAAACGUGAACAAAGCAACAGUAUUGAUCAAUGGAUAAAAGUUGCAUUUGCAAUGGGAGUUGAAAGAAUCGAUCUACUCUUUCUAGGAAAGCCUUAUGCACACGACACUACUCAACGCAAACGUUAUAAAUUUGACUUUGACUUAUUUUAUGUGACUAAUGCUGCAACUCUAAAGAAUUUGUAUCUUCAAAAUUGUGUUGUUUGUCAUCCCACCAAUGACUUUAUUCCAUCCAAAAAUUUGAGAUCUCUUUCACUUGAAAGUUCAAAAGUGGAUGCAAUGUCCGUUGAAAGUCUGUUAACUAAUUGUGAACUACUUGAAGAGCUUUGCUUAAGUUUCUGUGAGGUCAAAUCAUCAAUGCUAAAGAUAGUAAGUUCAUCAUUAUGUCAUCUCAAGGUUGUAGGGUGCUAUGUCGUAUCCCACAAAUUCUUCGAUAAUGCUGAUUUCAAGGUUAUGGAUUAUGUAAACUUGAUUUUAGUGGAUUGUCUUAACCUCACUUCACUGGAGUAUGAUGGACGUGGUUUGGAUACCCUGAACAUUAAUACCCCUGUGCUAAAGAGCAUUAAAUUCUCCAUUUCACUCAAAGGAGAUCUUAAUGCAUUUGUUGGUCUAUGUGCAACUUUUCCUGAACUUGAGGCUAUGCAUGUGACCACAUUUUCGAUGGUUACAACUUCCCUAAAAAUAACUCAACCUCUCAAACAUCUUAAAGAGUUGAAGCUCGACAUUAUGUUGAACUCGGACAUCAUAAAUGAUGUGGAGUAUGAUCCUUUGUGGAUUUUAAACAUCCUUCAAACUGCCCCUCUUUUGCAGAAACUUUCCGUCAUGUUUCUACAUUUGGAGUUAUUUAAAAGUCAAAGAGAUAUUAGAGAUGUUGAAAUAUUCUCUCACGAGGAGCUAAAGGUUAUUGAAUUGAGAGGUUGUAUUGGCGAUUGGUUAGAAAUUGAGUUUGUUAUGAAUGUACUAAAAUGUGCUCACAAACUCGAGCAAAUAGUUUUGAGUCCCUAUUUGAGAGAUGUUUCAUCGGAUUGGGAAUCUCAUCAUGUGUGGUAUCAAAGUGGGCGUGACAGAAUUAGUGAAAAGCUUCAAGGUGUAGAAGGACAAGAAAAAGUUGUGCUCAUAUAAUAUUGUAUAAUUCUUUUUGCAUUUUUUUCUUUGAUGGUUUGGGAUUUUGAGUUUGUGUGUAUGCAAUUUUUAUUUUAUUUUAUUUUAUUUUUUGUAAUUUCUAUUGAGAAAAUUUGGUACUGACGUGUGUACCUGUGCAUGGCAUUAGACAAUGUAUUGGAGUGUCAA